AUGCUGCACAGCAUGUCUAUUUCACGACAACCUUGGCGGGCUAUCUUUCCGUUACUGUCCGCCAUACACCCGCCAGUUCUCCGUGCACCACCUGGGGUCCGAAGUUACUCCAUCUUCAAGGAUUGGAAGGGGAGUUCCGCAGAGGACCACACAGGCAAGCGGACUAAGAAAGGCGACACAGAGGAUGUACAUUCAGCGGCAGCGGCCUCUGGUUUAAAGGAAAGGAAAAUAAACCAGGGUCUUGCAGACGAAACCAAGUCACAGGGAAUGACGGAGAGGGGCGGGACCAAGUAUGGAAAGAAGGCUAAACAGGAGCAUCCCAAAGCGCCAGAGCCGCUCAUUGGCAUGAAUGACGAGCGGCCAAAGAAGGGUAGUUGA